AUGGAACAAAGUGGAGGCUCCAAAUUGACUGGAAUUAGACAGAUUGUGAGACUAAAGGAAAUACUUCAAAAGUGGCAAACUGUGACUUUGAGCUCAAAAACUUCCCAUCCCAGUUCUUCUGAUGCAACUAAUGGGGGCCUACCACCAGCAAUUAACAAAAGGAUAACAAAUGUUAUCAAUUGUGACUCGGAUGAGGAUAGUUGCCAAAGUCCUGAACCCCCACUUGAUGUUCCAAAAGGUUACUUGGCAGUGUAUGUUGGACCAGAACUUAGGAGGUUCAUAAUUCCCACCAGCUACCUUGGCCACUCUCUAUUCAAAGUGUUGCUGGAAAAGGCUGCAGAGGAAUUUGGCUUUGACCAUAGUGGCGGGCUUACCAUCCCAUGUGAGAUUGAGACCUUUAAAUACCUCCUCAAGUGCAUGGAGACCCACCAGAAAGAGCAUCCUGAUGACAGCUCCUCUGGAAAUUCAGGAGCUUUGGAAGAGUAA